UUUGUUUGGUAUACAUUUAGAUUUCUAUGCCUGGCAUGAUGGAUACUGUCCUAAAUCUCGGACUCAAUGAUGAAGUAGUUGCUGGUUUGGGUGCGAAAAGUGGAGAGCGGUUUGCAUAUGAUUCUUUUAGAAGGUUCCUGGACAUGUUUGGAAAUGUUGUAAUGGGCAUUUCACAUUCAUUGUUCGAGGAAAAGUUAGAAAACAUGAAGACUGAAAAAGGUAUAACUCUUGACACCAAUCUAACAGCUUCUGAUCUUAAAGAGCUGGUAGAACAAUACAAGGAUGUCUAUGUUGAAGCCAAGGGUGAAAAAUUUCCUUCAGAGCCAAAAAAGCAGUUAGAGUUGGCUGUCAAAGCGGUUUUUGAUUCAUGGGAUAGUCCGAGGGCCAUUAAAUAUCGAAGCAUUAACCAAAUUACUGGUUUGAAGGGAACUGCUGUAAACAUUCAGUGUAUGGUAUUUGGGAACAUGGGAAAUACUUCAGGAACAGGUGUCCUCUUCACUAGGAACCCAAGCACGGGUGAGAAAAAGCUGUACGGGGAGUUUCUAAUCAAUGCCCAGGGUGAAGAUGUUGUUGCUGGAAUACGAACACCAGAGGACUUGGACAGCAUGAAGAAUUGUAUGCCUGAAUCUUACAAGGAGCUAGUUGAGAAUUGCAAAAUAUUAGAGGCGCAUUACAAAGAUAUGAUGGACAUUGAGUUCACCGUCCAGGAAAAUCGGCUUUGGAUGUUGCAGUGUAGAUCGGGAAAGCGUACAGGUAAAGGUGCAGUAAAAAUUGCCGUAGACAUGGUUAAUGAAGGACUUGUUGAUACUCGCACUGCAGUGAAAAUGGUAGAGCCACAACAUCUCGAUCAACUUCUGCAUCCACAGUUUGAGGAUCCAUCUGCUUACAAAGAAAAAGUGAUAGCAAAGGGCUUGCCUGCAUCACCAGGAGCAGCAGUGGGGCAAGUUGUUUUUAGUGCUGAAGAUGCCGAAGCAUGGCAUGCACAAGGAAAAAGUGUCAUUCUUGUGAGAACCGAGACAAGUCCAGAGGAUGUUGGAGGCAUGCACGCAGCUGUUGGAAUUUUGACUGCGAGAGGUGGCAUGACAUCUCAUGCAGCCGUGGUAGCUCGUGGCUGGGGAAAAUGUUGUGUUUCUGGUUGUUCUGAAAUCCGCGUGAAUGAUUAUGAGAAGGUUCUGAUGGUUGGAGGGGAAGCAAUAAAUGAAGGAGAAUGGAUAUCACUGAAUGGUUCUACAGGUGAAGUGAUUUUGGGUAAACAACCACUUUCUCCUCCAGCCAUGAUGGGGGAUUUGGAGAUUUUCAUGUUGUGGGCGGAUGAGAUUAGGCGAAUCAAGGUUAUGGCAAAUGCUGACACGCCCGAAGAUGCACUAGCAGCUCGAAACAAUGGAGCUCAAGGAAUUGGUUUGUGUAGGACAGAGCACAUGUUCUUUGCUUCUGAUGAGAGGAUUAAGGCCGUAAGAAAGAUGAUAAUGGCAGUUACACCUGAACUAAGGAAGGAAGCCUUAGACCUUUUGCUACCUUACCAACGAGCUGACUUUGAGGGAAUUUUCCGUGCAAUGGAUGGUCUUCCAGUGACAAUCAGACUUUUGGAUCCUCCACUUCAUGAAUUUCUACCAGAAGGUGACCUAGAACAGAUUGUUGGUGAACUAACCACUGACACGGGCAUGAACGAAGAUGAAAUUUACUCGAGGAUUGAAAAAUUAUCAGAAGUAAAUCCCAUGCUUGGAUUUCGAGGAUGCAGGCUAGGAAUAUCAUAUCCCGAAUUAUCAGAAAUGCAGGUUCGUGCAAUAUUUCAAGCUGCCAUCUCUAUGACCAACCAGGGAAUUUCGGUGCUUCCAGAAAUAAUGGUUCCUCUAAUUGGAACACCUCAGGAACUCAGUCAUCAGGUGAGUUUAAUUCGUGGCGUUGCAAAGAAAGUGUUCUCUGAGAUGGGAACCUCAUUGAGCUAUAAGGUGGGCACCAUGAUAGAAAUUCCUCGAGCCGCUUUGGUUGCAGACGAGAUUGCAAAGGAAGCCGAAUUCUUCUCUUUUGGGACAAAUGAUCUCACCCAGAUGACAUUUGGGUACAGUAGAGACGACGUUGGCAAGUUUCUUCCUAUAUACUUGUCUAAGGGAAUUCUCCAAAAUGAUCCGUUUGAGGUACUCGAUCAGAAAGGUGUUGGUCAACUCAUCAAGUUAGCCACAGAAAAAGGUCGUGCAGCUAGGCCGAGCCUGAAGGUUGGAAUUUGUGGAGAGCAUGGUGGGGAGCCUUCUUCUGUUGCCUUCUUUGCAGAGACUGGACUGGACUAUGUUUCAUGCUCUCCAUUCAGGGUUCCAAUUGCUAGGCUGGCUGCUGCUCAAGUUGCAGCGUGAGGGGAAACUAUGGGAGGUGACUUCUGAGUGGCAAUUUGUGAACAAAUAAAUGCACUUUUAUAUUCAGAAAAUAAAAAUUAAAGAUAAAAUUCUCAAGAAGGAUAUAAAAAUACAUGUGCAUGUAAAUGCCUUGGAGAAAUGAAAUAUAUUUUCUCUUUCUAUA